AGUUAAUUCCCCUCGCGGAGCCGCCGUCUUCGCCCGCGUCGCCGGUCCUCUCCGCCCAGCGGCUCGCUUCUCCGGUGGCUGUUCGUCGUCCUUCUCCCCUCCAUCCGUAGGAGCGAGCUCUUGAGUGUAUGCAUCAAGGUUCACAAUACUGAGGUUCACCCAGAUUAUCUUACCCCUGUGUGUUGAUAUCAAUGCCGAUCAUCUUGCUGUAUUUUACUGUCCCCGUGUGUUAACUGGCCGCAGCUGACAUUUGGGGGACAGACAUGGUCAUCAUGGAUAGCAGCAAAAGGAAGGGCGGCGAGGCUGCCACCAUCACAGCAUAUCAGGUGUUCCCGAGCAACAACGACAAGAGGAAGAAGGCCAUUCUACUAUCUCUUUGUACACUGUUGCUUCCUGAUGAAAUGAUGUUGGAGGUGCUACUUCGGCUCCCUGUCAAAUCCAUUCUCCGCUUCCGGGCCGUCUGCCGCGCUUGGGCUGCUCUUCUGUCCUCCAAGGAUUUCUGCAGCCUCCACAUGGCCAUCUCCAAGGUGGUGAGACCGGCACCAAAGCUACUCACGCUCGUCUCCCCCACGGCAGGACCCAACUCCACCGCAAUGUACUCCUGCUCGCCGUCAGGCUCUCGAGAUGACUUACUCGUCACUGUUGGCACCGCAAGCCGCAAUUCCAUGGGAAUAGUGACGCCCUCGCCAUGCCAUGGACUCACCCUUCUAAAUGAUGAUGCCGCGCCAGCUUACUAUGUUUGUAAUGCGGCUACACGGGCAAUCACACGCCUGCCGCCUCACAGUACUCCACCAAAACAUCGUUCCACCGCCGGACUUGGAUUUGAUGCCCUUACUAGGGAGUACAAGGUGGUGAGGUUGAUCACUGGGUCUUGCUCUGACAAGGAGAGGAACAAGUGUGAAGUGUACACCCCUGGAGCUGGUUGCUGGAGGCCGGCGGCCGGUGGAGGAGUACCUUUUAGGCUGUCCAGGUAUGCAACUUCUGCAAUUAUACAUGCCGCCACGGACAAAGUACCACCGGUGUUUGCCAACGGAUUGCUACACUGGUUCAUCGAUCCUUCCCAUAUCGCCACAAGGACAAGAGCUGCCAUCUUAACAUUUUCCUUGACAGACGAGACCCUCGGAUGUGUCCAAUCACCACCACCCUUCUGGACAUCACAAGUGCACCUGUGGUCAGAAAAAGCGCACCUGGUUGUCAUGGAUGACCAGCUAUGUUUGGUCCGUGACCUUCGCAAUACAAUCCCUCCUGAUGCCGCUUUGGAGAUCUGGAAACUGCUGGAUUAUAGCCCUGGUGAAUGGUCACUGUACCAUCGAAUCCAUUUGUUCGGGCAUGUGGGAAUAUAUUUACUUGAUCCGCUGACUGUGAGGGUUAUUGGAGUCAUUGGCAACUGCAGGUCAGCGAAGAAGAUAGUCAUUACUUCUACGAAAUACAAGUUCCCCGGCCACUUUGAGCAGAAGCUUCACACCUAUGACCCUAGCUGUCAAGCUCUAGAGACCAUCCUCUCCAUCACCGAGACACAUACACAUACCAGGCCCGGUUCAACAUUCAGUUUAUUUGAAGAGAGCCUAGUCCAAGUGCAUAAACCAAUGGAUAGCUAGCCAUGCCAUCUACCAUGGCUAAUGCAUGCCACUAAAUCAGACAUACGGUCUUUGUUUCUACCCCUGCUGCCACACACAUUAUAUAUGGCGGUUCUAGCUUCGAAAUUGGUUAAUCCUAUACUCCCUGGUUCUGUUUCAUGUUGGAACUAAAUUGUCCCAGUUCUGAUGCACCUGGGUGUUGUGGUAGGGGCACGAUGAGAUUGUGAUGAUUAGAUUAGUUCCCAGGUUAAUGUGGGUAUCCAUCAAGUUGGGUGUUCAAAGAGGCCAGUAUUGUUUGUCUACUCUGUUGUCCAUUUAGGCAGACGGUCACAUGUUCAGAACCACUCUCAAGUGUUAACGACAGUGAUCGUCGCAAUUGCUUGCACUGUUCGACACAUUGUAGUUAUGUUAGUUAUGUUUCUUCUGAAACAUCUCAGUCGAUUGAAAAUGCACUUUCCUGUUUGUACAUUGCAAAUAUAUCCAUCUGAUGUGUCAAUGACAAAUUGAUGAUCGGCUUUGUGCUUCAAA